GGACGACGUUCGGUCUGCAGGCGAGCGGCCUGAGCGGCGCCGUCCGUGGUGGGGCGGAUGGUGAGCGACGCGCACCUAUAGGACGAUCCCGACGACGCCUUCCGCCCCGGCCCUCCUCAACUGCCUGCUUGAUUCCCGCAGCAGGUGGUCAAGAUUUGGCGGCAUCGUCGCCGGAGAGUGGCCGCAUCAUGCGAAAUACCCAAUGGGAGAGCUGGCUAGAGGAGAUAGUGACCCCGAGGCAGAGGCCGCAGAGCAUCCUCUGUUCCCUCGCAUCACGGGGUGCCGGCUUCGAUGGCUCAGCGUCAUCACCUCAAGAACUGACACACGGCGCUUCUGCGGUGGCUGGCGGCCAGGGCAGAGGCGUUGUAAUACCUGAGAGCUUCCCUAGCACAAGCAAGGAGCCACCCAUGACUUCUAUAAAUAUCUGUGUGCGGUUGCCUAAUUUUGUAAUACCUGAGAGCUUCCUCACCAUCUGCCAUUCUUGCCUCCUUUGGAAAAAUCUCCAGUUAAACAAGCAAGCAAGAGUAUCACAAUGUGUAUUCUCUCUUUUUGUUCCCAGUUUUUUUUCUUCUGCGGAGCAGCUUUAUUUUAUAUACACUGAUGCAAUACUUUUUGCAGGAUAUUGAAAAUUUACAAAGAUGCCAAGCAGAUUGCUAAAUUUGCUCAAGCAGCCUGGCAGCGGAUACAAAGAAGGAAACUGUGGAAUCCCCAGAACUGAAGAAAUGAUAGACUAAAACAGCUCAAAAGCUAUAUACAAACAAAAGAAUGCAUCAGGGAAUAGGAUUCUUCUCAAUUCCUUUAUUUUUCUGAGGGAGUUCACAUUCUUUUCUUCUCCCUGGUUCCUUUUCUUUUCCCUUUACAGGGAGAAAGAUAGGAGAUUCUUUUCUUGACCCUUGCCUGCUGGUAAAGCUAAAGCUAACGUGUGCUGUGCUGUGCGUAUUAUCACAACUAAGCAAGGUAGAUGAUCCCUUUCCAUCUUGGUGGAGCAUGGGUCGAUCAUACAUAUGACCAUGCAUGAGUUGGUAACUGCAUGCGUCAUUUCUGGUGCUCGGCUGUGUUCACACCUCAUCCAAUUGGCAUACAACUUGAGAGAGAAAAGUUAGGGUGAAGACGAACAACAUGGCUCAUGUAGCCGGUUUGCUUGCCUCGGCUGUGGUUUCAGCGGUGGGCAAUAAGCUGGGUUCUGCCAUUGGGGAUGAGGUCACGAUGCUGUGCAGCUUCAAGGACGACCUCAAGGACAUGAAGGACACACUGGAGUACAUGGAGGCGGUGCUCAAGGAUGCUGAGAGGCGGUCUGUCACGGAGGAGUUGGUGCGGGUGUGGCUCAACCGGCUCAAGAACGCUGCCUAUGACAUCUCUUACAUGCUCGAUGAGUUGCAAGCUGACAGUGAACCAGCCUCCAGAAAGCUGGACUGUUUUGCUAUUGCACCCAAGAUUGCCAUGGCUUAUAAGAUGAAGAAAAUGAGAGGCCAGCUGAGGAAGAUCAAAGAGGAUCACGAGAGUUUCAAAUUCACACAUGACAACUCCAGCCUAAUUGAUGUGCACCAGCUUCCCGAUCCACGGGAAACAACAUCAAAUGUGAUUGAAUCACUCAUCAUAGGAAGAGACAAAGACAGGAUGAAUGUCCUUUCUUUGUUAUCCGCAAGCAAUAACAAUAAAGAACAUAUAACCGUUCUUCCUAUCUGUGGGCUUGGAGGCAUAGGAAAAUCAACUUUGGCACAAUUGGUUUUCAAUGAUACUCAAUUCAAAGAUUAUAAUCAUCGGGUUUGGGUUUAUGUAUCCCAGGUGUUUGAUUUGAAAAAAAUAGGGAACUCCAUAAUUUCUCAAGUACUCGGAAAAGGAAGCCAAAAUCUAGAUACAAGGGAGUUGAUAGACCAACGCCUUAAAGAUCUACUUCAAGAUAAGAAGACUUUAAUUGUUUUAGAUGACAUAUGGGAGACAGAUAACUUCCAACUGGACCAACUCAAGCUUAUGUUGAAUGUAGGCUCCAAGAUGAAAGUCUUGGUCACAACACGCAGCAAAGACAUUGCAAGAAAAAUGUGUACUGUUGGUGUUCAACCAUACUUGCUAGAUCCCUUGGACAACGACAUGUGCUGGAGAAUAAUCAAGCAAAAUAGUGGUUUUGAAUCUAGGGUUGAUAAAGGCCAAGCUGAACCAGUUGGACAGAUAAUUGCAAGGAAAUGUGGAGGUUUGCCAUUAGCAGCUCAAGCACUUGGAUUCUUGCUAUCUGGAAUGGAUCUUAGUGACUGGAAAGCAAUGUGCAAUAAUGAUAUUUGGGAUGAACCAUUUUCUGAUAGUACAGUGUUACCAUCCUUGAAGUUAACUUACAAUACUUUGACACCAUAUUUGAGGUUAUGCUUUGCCUAUUGUGGCAUCUUUCCUAAAGGUCACAAUAUAAAUAAAGAUGAUCUUAUCCAUCAAUGGAUUGCCCUUGGUUUCAUCGAGCCAUCUAAUAACUUUUCGGCCAUACAACUUGCCGAGAAGUAUAUUAGGCAAUUCAUGGGGAUGUCUUUCCUUCAGCAUUCAAAACUGCGCACAGAAUUGCCUAAG